AUGUUAGUGGCGGGGGACCUAUACAAGGAUCCAUCUGUCUGUCUCGAAGGUGGAAUCCUGCAGACAUUAAGUCUCAAUCAUCUGGAAUUUCAGAAGACAUACUCUCCGGACGCUGUCGAGGAAUAUCCUGUACCAAGUGUGGUGACUCAGCAGAUUAGAGGAACGUGGGUCAUUGAUCUUGAAACGCCAGUCGAACAGCGCCAGAAUCCUGAGGAGACCCCCAGCUCAAGUCACUGUUUGGUGCAUCUUACACGAAAACUUCCCUGCUUGGUACCCAUAUACUACAUCGGAAAGGCCCUCGCAACCGAAGACUACUGCCUCUCGAGCUUCCAUGUCUCGGGAGGAAGGCUGGAUUAUGCCUGUCGCGGUUGGUGUCGCGAUCCCUACUGUUGGAGCAGCUUGCGUAGUGUUAAUAUGGCUUGCUGUGAAGCGAAAAGCAUCGUCCACAGCAUGGCCUAUGCUCGCGGAGACGCCCCUGGAUAUAUAUUCUCGGUCUUAAGUCCGGCCAGUCUCUACCAAAUGAGACUGAUGGGGUCCCAGUCGAGCCGCGGCCCACGGUACGCCCGGUCAGAGUUGUGGGCAGUAAAUUCAAUGAGCUUCCAGCGCAUGUUCCCCCACCAGGAAACUCAAAUGGGUCUUCUAUUGCUGGGAGCCCGACAC